AUCGAGUAAACACGACAUUGGAUAUUUUUAAAUAUUUUAUUGAUAUUAAUUGUGGCCCUCGCAGUCGUCGCGAUUGCGUUUCCGUGAUUUUGUCAAUAUUAUUACCGCCAAAAAAGUAAAUGAUAAUGGUUAAUGAACAACAUGAACAUGUGUAGUACCUAGUUCAUGAUGAUUGAUGAACAAUGAUUAUUCUGUAGUGCAGCACAUUAUCCUGUGUUUACACGACGAUUGACGAUAUUAUUAUUAUUCCGUUAUCAGUAUCGCGGUUGUCGGGUUUUUUUCUGAAGUAGUUAAUCUAAUACUCGACCGUCUCGACUAGUAAGUAAUAACUCGCAAGUCGAUUUCGGGAUUUAGUUUUACUAUGCUCGUCUGUGGUCGACCGUCGAACCUGUUGCAUUCGAUUUGGUAAGCACACCUAUCCACAACUGACGAAACGCAGUCUAUCGCUAUGCAGAAACACAACGAUAAUAAUACGAAUGAGUAUUCUCGGUGGAGAAACGGGCCGAAGAAUUGGCAACAGAAACUAUCCGAUAAAACACGUGAACAGGACGUCAAGGUAGCCGCCGCCGACAACGUCGCGCAUUCUUCUACCGGCAACACCAAGGCGUAUUUGAAUUACUUCAACGUAGUACAACCCGCCGAAUUAUCCAUGUUUUCGGAUCAGAACAGGUACGAUACAUCGGAAUCGUCCGUGUCGAGGAAUACGCCCAUGGGUUCAAAUUCGAAUUCGAAAACGGUAGACUCCAAAAACGGCAACAAAUUUUUCGCGAGAAAAACGAAUUGGUAUAACAGAAAUUCCGGACAAUAUCAGGAAAAUCAUCAUAAUAACAACAACAAUAAUUGGAAGUACUCAAACAAAUAUCGAAAAAACAGAAACAAUGCAAACGGGAAAUUUAAUGAAUUUAUUUCAGCGAACAAUUACAGUAACGAGCACAGUAAUCUAUCCAUUGAAAAUUACCACUCGGCAGCUACUACAAAUGACCCUUCUUAUACAGACCCAGUUAUAAAACCGGAAUUAAAUCAAAACGCUCUUUCUAAUAAUAAUAUCCUGGACAUAAAUCCAAAUUGUUAUUAUGAUUCAGAUUGUGAUUCUGAUCCCGGUGAUUUAGAAAAAAUGAAAAUAAUGACAGCUGCAGAUUAUAAUUUAGAUCGUUAUGCUCGCUAUGGGAUACACGAAUCAGAAAUCAAAGACUAUGUGCGCACUAUUACUUACAAAAACUGUAUAGAAUAUUGUACUAAAGAAUUUAUUAAGGAUAAAAUAGUAUUAGUUAUCCGCAGUGGUAUUGGCUUAUUACCAUUGUUAUGUGCCCGGGAUGGACAAGCCAAAAGAGUAAUUGCUUUAGAACAGUCAUCUUGUAUUGAAUAUGCUCGUCGUAUAGUCACAGACAAUCGAUAUAGUACUGUGAUUACAUUAAUUCAAAGCAGUGUCCACGACUUGAAACAGUUACCACACAAACUUAAGAAGGUAGACGUUAUAGUAGCUGAUUUUUUGGGAGACUGUGUCAUAAGUCAAGGUGAUCAAAUGGAACAAGUUAUUGAAGCUAGGGAUCGUUUUCUUAUGCCAAAUGGCUUAAUGAUUCCCAUGUGUGUUACUUUAUAUGGUCAGUUAUUAGAACAAAGACGAAUCUAUGGAAAUUGUCGUAUACGCAAAAAAACUAAAAAGAAGACAUUAAAAAAAUUCAAUAGGAGCCUAAAAAUAAACAAGUCUGACAAACCUGAAACUCAGUCAAGUGAUACUGACAGUUCAUCAGAUUCAACAUUGUGUUCAUGGUGGAGUAAUGUUUAUGGAUUUGAUAUGAGAUCAUACUCAGAAGUUGUAGUAGAUAGUAAUUCUGAAAGUCCUAUCUCAGCCAAGGAUGAGUGGCAAGUGAUGGAAGAACCUUUAGUUACAUUUUUUGAUCCAUGCAAGGUAGUGUCUAAUGCUUGCUUAAUAAAGAAGUUUGAUAUGUAUAAAUGUACUAUAAAUGAAGUACGACAUGUACAUUGUAAAGACUUAAAAUUAGAGUGUUCUACACCUUAUUCAAGUGCCAAUGGAGGUGAUUAUGCACAUAUGUUAGAGUUGUUUAUGGUAGUUGAUUUUCCUAAUGGUCAAACAAAUGUUAAUGAAAAAGAUGAUCUACAAAUAGGAUUUUCUACAUCAUCGUAUUCACCAUAUACUAGAUUUAGACAGACUGGUUUAUUGUUACGGGAUCAGUUACUUGUGGAACAAGGAGACAAGUUUAAAAUAAAUGAAUUCCAUAUGUGGCGUGGUCCUCAACAAAAUCAAAUAAUAGUUGGAGAAGACACUAUCACUAAAAGUACUUGUGAUAGAUAUGGACAAGAAGAGAAUUUAAAGUUAAGGUUAAAUUAUACAUUUAUCAACCAAUAUACCAAGGCGAUUAACAGACGUUGUGCUUAUACCUUAUCCAAGCAAUUAUUUUAAAGGUUUUUAAAUUCUAUUAAUGUUAAUUUUGGAUUUAUAAAGUAUUGAAGAAUUUAUUA